CUUUGUAUAGCAGUGUAAGACUAAAACAUCGGAGCAUGGAGAAAUACGAUUUCAGUGGAAACAUUGGUGCCUGCAGCGCCAUUGAAUCUCUUUUACAGAUUAGCGAGACUGAUUUCGGCAAUGAUGCUUCUGCAAACAAUAUAAUGCACGACGCACAAUUUGAGAUUCCUAUUUCUGAAAUCAUGAUGGACGGAUUUUGUCAAGAGCUGGAGAAUUCCUCUGAGAAUAAUAGGAUUCGGGAGCCGCAGCACAGUGCUUUCAGCGCCUACAUAAAACCUCAAUUGAACGCCCGCGUUGCGGAUUCUUCCGGCGUAUCCUCUGAGAAUCUGCACAAAAGAUGUUUGAGAUUUCUGAGAGAAAACGAUCAAGAUAGAAAGGUAGGCGUCCAGAGAUCACACCGAACGGCUCCUGCUGUUGCUCGCAACAAUAAUGAAGAGUUGAAGGAGAAAAAGAAGGAUAAAGCUAAAUCGGCAUUUCAGCACAUGAUUGCAGAGCGCAAUAGGAGAGUCAAAUUGAACCAGCAUUUCCAGAAUCUUUACUAUCUUCUUCCAAGAAAUUGCAAGAAAGAUAAGCAUUCAAUAUUGGCGAAUGCCACAUAUUAUUUGAAAGAACUAAAGCUUCGUGUAUGCGAGCUGCAACAAAGGAGUGAAAGCGUGGACGAAUUGAUUCCGAGGAAUUUCUCAAAUAGUAGUGAAGAAGUAAGCGUCAGGUUCGAGUCCCACGACAAUCCAUUCAAUUCAGGCAGCCUAUUACUUUACCGCAGCGACGAUGUGAUUUUGGAGCAAUGUGAUGACAUCCCCUGCGAAGUUAAAAUUAAAAUUAAUGUGGAAACGAAAAUGGUUUCUUGCUCAGCAAGUCUACUUCUUAGAGUGAUAGAGCUGUUGAGAGCAUGGCAGUUGGAGAUCCUUUCGGUUUCACAUAAAAAGGGUUCUGGAUUUCAGGCUACUUUUGUAGUAUUACCAAAGGGUGAGGACUGGGAUAUUUCCCACUGGCAAACUUUCGGGAGUUUAGUCAGUCGGACUCUCAGUGGAUGAUAAUAUAAGGUGCAAUGGAAGUUCCUAUUUUCAACCAAUCUAGCCGAUAAGCAUUUGACAACUAUCAAAAUCGCCUAUAAUCUGGUUCUGAAAUCUGAUUUUUCCAAGAAGCGACGAUUUACUUACAAAUUUCCAAAUUGUGAGGGAAUCGACUGACCAAACUAGUGAACACCAAAGUGUCACUUGUAAAUUGCACAUUGAUAUGAAGACAAGUUUUGAGUAAUAUAAGAAUUAUUUUAUUAUUAGUUUCUGUGAAACUGCCUUGCCGCCUUUGAGGUUAAUUAUAUGUGUGUCAGACGAAUAAUGAUUUGCGCUUUUC